UAAAAAUGAUCAUGCAGCUAAAGGAGGCGUUGGGUUUCAGAUAGCUAAAACACACACACACAGCAGCUGCUACUUCUUCUGGCUCUCUGUAUCCUGUAGCCAGUCUGUCGUUGACCUCUGAGUGAGCAUGUCGGGUGGUGUUAGUGCUUGGAGGGUGGUGAGCUGGGUGGUGCUGGGCCUAGUGCUUGGGCUCAGUGGUGGGGGCUCAGCCCUGAAGAUCUGCACCUUCAACAUCCAGUCCUUUGGAGAGAAGAAAAUAGAGAAGCCAGAGGUGGUCGAUGUCAUAGUGGAUCUGAUCGCUCGCUGUGACAUCAUGCUGGUGAUGGAGAUCAAAGAUCUCAGUGGGAAGGCUUUCCCACAGCUGAUGGCUCAACUCAACAGUGACUACAGCUCCAGGAAGAAUGAGUAUAACUAUGUGAUCAGUGACAGACUGGGACGUAAGUCUUACAAGGAGCAGUAUGCCUUUAUCUACAGACAGAGGCUGGUGUCAGUAAAGGAAGUGUACCAGUAUCCUGACAUCCAGCCUGGAGAUGAGGACGCGUUCUCCAGGGAACCCUUCAUCGUCUGGUUCUCUUCCCCCAAAACAGCCGUCCAGGACUUUGUGAUCAUCCCGAUCCACACCACUCCAGAUACGUCCGUCAGGGAGAUCAAUGAGCUGUAUGAUGUGUUCCAAGAUGUCAAACAGCGAUGGACCUCAGAGAAUGUGAUCAUCAUGGGGGACUUCAAUGCGGACUGCGGCUACGUACCCAAGAAGCAGUGGAGCAGCAUCCGCCUGCGGUCCGACAGCAGCUUCCUGUGGCUGACGGGCGACACCAUUGACACCACCGUGAAGGAGUCCACAGACUGUGCCUAUGACAGGGUUGUCCUCCACGGGGACAAGAUGAUUCAGGCAGUCAACCCAACCUCUCUGGAUGUGUUCGACUUCAGACUGGCCUUUGGACUCACCGAGCUACAGGCCCUGGCGGUGAGCGACCACUACCCAGUGUGCAUCACUGUGAAGGCCGCUCCGAGGAAAGGGGGCAGAGGGGGUUAAAGUCUUGUCCUACUCCCGGUGUCACCCUGGUGGUGUGUGUGCGUACUGCAGUGUGUGCUUUGCUCCAGUCCAGCGCCAUUAGGCCCCCUGCAAACUCAAUGAAUCACUCGGGACUUCAAGGACUCCACACAAUCAUGGUCACUGAGCUGCAGUGUGUGCUUCAAGGUUAUUAUAGUUUAGUGGUUUUAUUUUUAUUAGUAAAAAAAAAAAACUUGAUUUAGUUCGUUUUUAUUCAGUUUUAGUUUUAUAAAAACAUUUCUAUUUCUAUUUCAGUUUUAGUGUUAGGGACAGAAAGGAGCCUAUUCAUGGGUGGCUAGUAGCUAGGAGGCAAGAAUGUGUUGUAGGUUGACAGACCUAGACCUAGAGCAACAGACCUAGACC